AUAACCUUUCACCCUUACAGCGGCAAAAAUGGCCGGCCUACAAGUGUGUUUGUACGGUUCUUGAAGCCCAAGUAAACCUAAACUUAUUGUCACAAUGUCUAUAGACCGAUAAAUUAUCAUCCCGUGAUUUGCAAAAACGACCGAUUAACGUUGUAGUAUUUCUGAUUGUCAGUAAAACAGUAUGACGUCCAUUAUCAAGUUGACGGCCCUGUCGGGGGUCCAGGAGGAAUCUGCACUCUGUUACCUAUUACAGGUGGAUGAGUUUCGCUUCCUGCUGGACUGCGGAUGGGACGAGACCUUUUCCAUGGAGAUCAUUGAAACUUUGAAGAGAUAUGUCCACCAGGUGGAUGCUGUGCUUUUGUCCCAUCCCGAUCCACUCCAUUUAGGGGCUUUGCCAUACGCUGUGGGCAAGCUCGGCCUCAACUGCACCAUCUAUGCCACCAUCCCAGUCUACAAGAUGGGUCAGAUGUUCAUGUAUGACCUUUAUCAGUCACGUCACAACACGGAGGACUUUUCGCUCUUCACGCUGGAUGACGUGGACUCAGCGUUUGACAAAAUCCAGCAGCUGAAGUACUCGCAGAUCGUCAAUCUGAAGGGGAAGGGCCACGGCUUGUCCAUCACCCCACUGCCGGCCGGACACAUGAUUGGUGGAACCAUCUGGAAGAUUGUGAAGGAUGGAGAAGAGGAGAUUGUGUAUGCUGUGGAUUUUAACCACAAGAGAGAGAUUCAUCUGAAUGGCUGCUCGUUGGAGAUGGUGAGCCGUCCCUCUCUGCUCAUCACCGACUCCUUCAACGCUGCCUAUGUACAGCCACGACGCAAACAGCGGGACGAGCAGCUCCUCACCAUCGUUAUGGGAACGCUCCGCGCUGACGGUAACGUGCUGAUCGCUGUGGAUACGGCCGGACGGGUGCUGGAACUGGCCCAGUUGCUGGACCAAAUCUGGAGGACCAAAGACUCGGGCCUUGGGGUCUACUCCCUCGCCCUGCUCAACAACGUCAGCUACAACGUGGUGGAGUUCUCCAAGUCCCAGGUGGAGUGGAUGAGCGACAAGCUGAUGCGCUGCUUCGAGGACAAGCGCAACAACCCGUUCCAGUUCCGCCACCUCUCGCUGUGCCACAGCCUGGCCGACCUGGCGCGCGUGCCCAGCCCCAAGGUGGUGCUGUGCAGCCAGCCGGACCUGGAGUCGGGCUUCUCGCGCGAGCUCUUCAUCCAGUGGUGCACGGACGCCAAGAACUCCAUCAUCUUGACCUACCGUACCUCACCAGGCACGCUGGCCCGCUACCUCAUCGACAACCCUGGGGAGAAAAUGAUGGACCUGGAGGUGAGGAAGCGUACUAAGCUGGAGGGGAAGGAGCUGGAGGAGUAUGUGGAGAAAGAGAAGAUGAAGAAGGAGGCGGCCAAAAAGAUCGAGCAGGCCAAAGAGGUGGAUGUGGACUCGAGCGACGAGAGUGACCUGGAGGACGACCUGGAGCAGCCGGCGGUGGUGAAGAGCAAGCACCACGACCUGAUGAUGAAGGGGGAGGGCGGCCGCAAGGGCAGCUUCUUCAAGCAGGCCAAGAAGUCCUACCCCAUGUUCCCCACGCACGAGGAGCGCAUCAAGUGGGACGAGUACGGCGAGAUCAUCCGGCCUGAGGAGUUCCUUGUGCCGGAGCUGCAGGCCACAGAGGAGGAGAAGAGUAAGCUGGACAUGGGCAUGUCCAACGGGGACGAGCCCAUGGACCAGGACCUGUCCGACGUGCCCACCAAGUGCACCUCCAGCAUGGAGACCCUGGAGAUCAAAGCGCGUGUGACUUACAUCGACUACGAAGGUCGCUCAGACGGCGACUCGAUCAAGAAGAUCAUCAACCAGAUGAAGCCGCGGCAGCUGGUGAUCGUCAACGGGCCGCCGGAUGCCAGCCAGGACCUGGCCGAGUCGUGCAAGGCCUUCAGCGGCAAGGACAUCAAGGUGUACACGCCCAAGCAGCAUGAGACGGUGGACGCCACCAGCGAGACCCACAUCUACCAGGUGCGUCUCAAGGACUCCCUGGUGAGCUCGCUGCAGUUCUGCCGCGCGCGCGACACGGAGCUGGCCUGGGUGGACGGCGUGCUGGACAUGCGCGUGGCGCAGGUGGACACGGGCGUGCUGCCCGAGGAGAAGGAGAAAGGCGGAGGCGCGGGAGCGGAGGACGGCAUGGAGGACGGCGAGCUGGUUGCCAUGGAGACGGAGGCGGCAGCGGCGGCGUCGGCAGCGGCGGCAGCGGCGGGCGGGAUAGCGAUGGCAGACAUAGUCGCGGCCAUCGGAGCGAGCGGGGGGACGAGCGAGGCGGCUCAGCAGCGCGCCAUGAAGUCGCUGUUCGGCGAGGACGAGCGUGAGGCCGGAGACGAGAGCGACGUCAUCCCCACCCUGGAGCCGCUACCGGCCAGCGAGAUCCCUGGGCACCAGUCGGUGUUCAUCAACGAGCCGCGCCUCUCCGACUUCAAGCAGGUGCUGCUUAGGGAGGGCAUCCAGGCUGAGUUUGUGGGAGGCGUGCUGGUCUGCAACAACCUAGUGGCCGUCAGAAGGACGGAGGCUGGUCGGAUCUGUUUGGAGGGCCUUCAGUGUGAAGACUACUAUAAGAUCCGGGAGCUGCUGUAUCAGCAGUAUGCUGUGGUGUAGCAGGACUGGCAGCAUAGGACCCCGUAUUCUAACACCCCUUGCACGCACACACACAGACAGACAAACACACAAAUCUACAAUUACCCCUUCAUAUGCAAAUGGACACACAAUUACACAAAUGCACUCAAAAACACAUGCUCCUAGUCAUGCACACGCACACAUAGACAUGCAUAUGGACUCCAACAUAGACACAUCAGUACAAUACUAAAACACACUCUCACACACACACACACACACAAAGCUCUCCAUGGCUGUAGGCAAGUACAGCUGUUCCUGCAUCUAUGCCAUGUGAGAGGUGUCUUUGUUUUGGAAUGGUGUGUGUGUGUGUGUUGGGGGAAGGGAGGGGGGGAUUUUUGUUAUUUCCUUUCUUCUGUAUUUUUGGACAUGUCCCCAGCAGCACAAGGCAGAUGCUCUAUGGACUGACCCCUCUCAGUUGAGGCUGCAGAAAUGAAGGCCUAUGAGAAAGACUCCCUGAUGUACGCAUCACUUCCUCUGAACUCUGAACUAGCUCUGGUCAAGUGCAAAAAAUGGGGACCACGAUGACAAUGGUUUUAUUUUUGAUUACAUAAAAACUGUCUUCUGUUUUGGA